AUGCGUGAGCCAACAAUACUGCAUCAGAUUGAAGACAUUUACUACCCUGUUCUUGCAGUUGUUGGAGUUCUUGUUAACUCAGUAGCCAUUCUGAUCCUAUCACGAGGAAAGUGCGGACUCUCGAAAUGUAUCACUCACUAUCUGGUGGCCAUGGCAGCAGCUGAUCUUCUUGUUGUUUUCAUUGAUGUGAUACUGUUUACAGUUAUCCCCUUUUAUUUCGCAAAUACCUACUUGAACAUCACAGCCAUUAUUUCUCUCUUGCUUGUCCUGCUUUCUGCAGCCACAGACAUUUCUGUUUGGCUCACUGUCACUUUCACCUUUGAUCGCUUUGUUGCAAUUUGCUGCCAGACAUUUCAAUCAGUGUACUGCACAAAGAAAAGUGCAGCCGUGGUUAUUACAACAGUGAGUGUGCUAUUCUGCUUGAAAAAUGUUCCUUGGUAUUUUGUAUAUCAGCCUGAAUAUGUAAUUGACAAUGUACCUUGGGGAGGAGUUGUCUCAGAAAGUUUUCAUUCAGAAACUGCCUGGGUAACAUUUGACUUCAGCUGUAUUAUUUUAACUCCUUUCCUUCCAUUCAUUCUGAUUUUACUGCUCAAUGCUCUGACUGCCAGACACAUUUUAGUGACCAAUAGAGUCCGCAGGAAGCUAUUGGUUCACGGCAAGAGUGAGAAUCACACUGACCCAGAAAUGGGCAGCCGCAGGAAAUCAAUCAUUUUACUCUUCACCAUAUCAGGCAGUUUUAUACUAUUAUGGAUGACAAAUGUUGUAUAUUUCCUUUAUUGGCGAUUUGCGAAUAUUUAUGAUUAUACUGGCCCCCAUGAUCCUGCGUAUAUCACUCAACAAUCAGGCUACAUGCUGCAGCUUUUGAGUACCUGCACCAACACCUGUAUUUAUGCAGUGACCCAGACUAAAUUCAGAGAGCAGCUGAAGAAUGCAGUCAAAUAUCCAUGCACUGUAAUUGGCUGUAACAGUACAGCUUGUAGCAGUAUCCAGACUGUGAACGUACAGUUUGAAGUGUUGCCUGGUUACUGCCCUCAACAACCGUUAUUGGCAAGGCUCAAAGGGGACAAGAGUGAAAUCUGUAUUAACUAA